CCUAACGUAAUUCAAUUGAGUACUUUUAAGCGCACACGUGGUGACUUAGUGUUUAAUUGUGUUAACGGUUUCAACAUGGGAAAGUACCGCACUUUAAAAUUGAUCAUAUAAGGAAGGUUUUCAUAAACGAUCAUCAUAGUCAGCUUGAGGACGAACGAGAAUUGGUGUUUUUUCUCUCGAACCAAUUCAGUUGAAAUGUCAGCUUUUAUAAUUUAUCAAGUUUUAGUGUUAUUAAUAUUUAAUAUGUAUGCUGUUAAUAGCCAUCCCAAGCGUAUAGGUGAAGAAUCAUACGUUUUAUACUCGAGAGAUGACUGGGGUGCCAAACCGCCUACCGACGUAGAACCAUUAAAAACACCAGUGCCUUAUGUAGUCAUACACCACACGUACAUACCGGAGGCAUGUAACACAACAGAACAGUGCAUGGCUACUAUGCGAUCUAUGCAAAACUAUCAUAAUUCAUUAGAUUGGGGUGAUAUUGGAUAUAAUUUUUGCGUGGGUAGCGAAGGCGGAGCUUAUGAAGGAAGAGGCUGGCACACGAUAGGCAUACACGCUGGGCCUGCAAAUAGCUUUAGCAUUGGAAUCUGCCUCAUUGGAGAUUGGAGAGUCGAACAACCACCAGAAGAAAUGUUAAAGACGACAAAAGCUUUAAUAAAAACUGGUGUAGUUAACGGAGUAAUUAGCCCCGAUUACAAGUUAAAGGGGCACAGUCAAAUCAUGUCUACUGAAUGCCCUGGAACAGCGCUGCAAAAUAUCAUAUCAAAGUGGGAUCACUUCUCAGAAGGAACUAAGUUCAAUAAACCACAAAUUUAAAAAAAUAA